AUGCCCCGGAGGACGGAUCGGGUUUUAGUGCUGAAGAAUUCGCGCGGGCGGAACGUUCGGGUGGUUCGGGAGCUGUACCUGAGAGGAGAUAUCCCAUGCGGCAGCUCUGUGUGCACACAGUGCCCCCAAGAUGGCAAGUUACUGUCGGGUGAGGUAACCCACUACCUGUUUCCUGAUGCCGGGGUGGUGGUCGACUACCUGGAGAUCCUGGAGUUCCCAGAAAUUCAAGGCAUCGUCUUCACUCAGACGGCCUGCCAGGCCCUGCAACACUGCAAAGGACGCAGGCAGUACAACCACCUGCGGAGCCUGCUGAAAGACCCCUGCCAUGACUGUGUGCUGUUCACCAACGAGUUCCAGGAGUUUUCCUACUGCCCGCGAGAGAAGGGGGAAAGUCAGGAGACGUGGCAGACCAGAUGUGUGUACCGUGCUGCAGUAUGGUAUCAUGACCACCUGGCUGGUGUGAAGCCUGUGGUGAUGAUCACUGAAGACCAGACUGCAGUGGAUCAGUACAGCAGUCUUCACUCUGGAGUCUAUGUCCUCUCUGUGCAGGAUUACCUGCAGAGCUUCUGGCCAGCCCUGCAGGCAUCUCAUGAGAUUUACUCGGCCAUCCGUCAGGCUGUGAAGGAGAAGGCGAGUGACGGUCCAGAGAGACAGUACGCUGAACACCUGGCUGCUGAAGUACUGGAGGCUGGCAUCAAGUCUGGGCGAUAUAUUAAGGGUACCCUGCAUGUCAACAAACACCGGGCUCAGAAUGAGGCCUUCAUCAGAAUAGACGGUUCUACGAAUAAAAACACAGACCUGAGCAGUGAUAUAAUGGUGUUCGGCAGACGUAGUCGCAACAGAGCCGUGCACGGUGACGUGGUUGUGGUGGAGUUGUUGCCCCGGAGCGAGUGGAGAGGGAAGAGCACCUCCCUGUCAGAUGGACAGAGGGAGGAGAAAGAUGAAGAGGGGAACCAGAGCCAGCCCCUCCCAACAGGCUGCGUGGUGGGCAUCCUGCAGAGGAACUGGAGAGACUAUGUGGUGACUCUUCCCCCCAGAGAGGAGACCCGGAGCCAGACCAGGACCUCCCAGCGGAUCCUGGUCACGCCCUGGGACCAGCGCAUUCCCAAGAUCCGGAUCAGCACCCACCAGGCGGAGGCUCUGGAGGACCACAGGGUGGUGGUGCGCAUUGACUUAUGGGAAAAAACAUCGCUGUACCCCAACGGCCACAUCGUGCGAGUCCUGGGUCAAGCCGGGGAGCUGGAGACUGAAGUCCAGACCAUCCUGAUAGAGAACUGCAUUCAUGUGCCACCCUUCACAGAAGCCCAGCUCAGAGAGAUGCCCGUCAACUCCCCUGAGAGGCCGUGGGCGGUCGACCCCUCCCAGGUGGCGCUGCGUCGGGACCUCAGAGGGAGUCACUUGGUGUUCAGCAUCGAUCCGCCGGGCUGUGAGGACGUGGACGACGCGCUGUCAGUGCAGGUUCUGCCCGGGGGCGACACGCUGGAGCUGGGCGUCCACAUCGCAGACGUCACCCAUUUUGUUGCCGAGGGCUCGCUCACGGACCAGGCGGCACGUGCACGGACCACCACCUACUACCUGGCGGACCGCAGGUAUGACAUGUUACCUGCCGUCCUCAGCGCCGACCUGUGCUCUCUGCUGGGGGGUGUGGACAGGUAUGCGAUGAGCGUGAUGUGGGAGCUGGAUGCACACAGCCUGGCUGUUCAGAAGGUUUGGUUCGGCCGCACACUGAUCUGUUCGUCCUACCAGCUGCACUACGAGCUCGCCCAGAUGAUCCUUGACGGGGAGGAAGUGGAAGUGCCAGAGCUGGCCGGCCUCGGCCCUGAGGAGAGGGACACCAAGCUGGCUCAGCUAAAGCAGGCGCUGGAGCUGCUGACCCACAUCGCCAGGCGACUUUGCACACAGCGGGAGAGAGGGGGCGCUCUACAGCUGGAGAGCAUGGAGGUGCAUGCUCAGCUGGAUCAGGAAAAGAAUAUCACAGCGCUGCUGCCCUCCAAGCCCCUGGAGAUCCAUGAGACUGUGGCUCAGUGUAUGAUCUAUGCCAACCACUGGGUGGCAUGUAAGAUCCAUGAGAGCUUCCCCCAGCAUGCUCUGCUGCGCCACCACCCGCCCCCACGCCAGGACUUCUUCAACCAGCUGAUUGACACCGCCAAGGGCAAGGGCUUCAGCAUAGACACCAGGUCCAACAAAGCAUUGGCAGCCUCUCUGGACUGUGCCGUAGAUCCCCAGGACCCGCUGGUAAACAAGCUUCUCAGAAUUAUGGCUACCCAAGCCAUGUCUAACGCACAAUACUUUUCCACCGGAACCUGCUCGCCGGACCAGUACUACCACUAUGGUUUGGCGCUGGACCGAUACACACACUUCACCUCACCCAUCCGCCGCUACGCUGACACAGUGGUCCACCGCCUCCUAACUGCAGCCAUCAACCUGGAAAAGGGGGAAGGGCCUUGCAAGGCGUUGAACAGCAACAAAGAACUACAGGAAAUGGCCCAGCAUAUCAACAACAAAAGCCGGGCGGCCCAGCAGGUCCAGAAGUCAUCCAUGGAGCUGUUUCAGUGUCUCUACUUUAAAGAGAAAGACUCCCAGACAGACCCACGUUGUGUUGCUGAUGCCGUUAUUUACGCCAUACGAGCAAAUGGCGUCCUGGUCUUUGUCCCACAGUAUUGCUUGAAAGGGGCGAUGAAUCUGAAGAACAGGGAGGGUCAGGUUCUGACUGUCAAACCAGACGGCAGCUGUGAGUGGCAGAGCGGUUCGGUCCAGAGAUACCUGGACCACAUCAGCACCACCAGCAGCUCUGGAACCUCCACCUUUAAACUGUUUGAUCAUAUUACUGUUCGGAUCUCAGUCCAGUCAUCACGGUGUCACUCAGAUAGCCUCCACCUGGACAUGAUCAGCAGCAAACCCCGACUGAGCCCGGAGACGCAGAACCCCCAGCCCUAUGGACGCUCCCAGCUGAUCCAGGAGGUGGUGCACCUGGCCAAGGAGGCCUCUCACCAGGCACAAGAGAAAGCCACCUACACCUCCAAGCUCUCCUCUGAGGAAGAAGAAGAGUUCCGCCAGACCAGAACCCCCAACCUGUACACACUCCUGCAGGAUUUGAGAGAGUUAUCCCUGCUGGAUCUCUCUGCCUGUGAAGGUGAAGGAAGCCUGGGUACGAUGACCUAGGUCUGUGCUACAUCAGCAUAGAGGCGUCAAACAAAAAACAAAAAGGCUUCAAAAGGGCCGCCAUCCACGACCCUGAAUGUCGGGCUUAAAUGUGCGACAGAAUAUUAAUAAAGAUGGACUCUGCAGGCUGGUUCAGUAUUUGCUACGAAAUGUUAUUUAAUGUAUUAUAAACUGUAGCACUUUUUCCUGCACUGCCUGUAAAUUUAUUAAAUCUAUUUUUGUAGUGGUUUUUCUUGAAUAUGUGGACAUGAGCUUGGCAAUUUUGAAUAAAACA